AUGACACCCCCUCCUCUUCUCUCCGUCGGCUCUAUCGCGGUUCCUUCAUCUCUAUCUUGUAUAUCUCGCCCGAAAUCAGUGCAGGAUACUGUGUACGAGCAGCAGGAUUUGACUCUCAAAGAACUCCAUCCCCACCACAACCACCACUCCGACUAUGAGGAAUCAGAAAUGCAACACCACCAACAGCUCCAACAGCAACCCAAUUUACUACGCCAGCCUCCUUCGGUCGAGCUGGAAAUGUCUGAACUUGCGAUACCGAAUUCCACUCAUCCACACAGAAUUCUCUUCGGAAACCUGCCAAUCGAGAUUCAUGAGGCGAUCCUAGACCAUCUCUUUGGUGUACGUGGCUCCACCCUGGCUUCCCUAUCUCCCAGCAAAUCGCGCCCAAAUAGUUGGAGCAAGGCCCUCCGACAUCCUCGCCGAAAGGCUCUCUCAAAUCUGGCCCUGGUAUCCUCUCAAUGGCGACCUUUAGUGCAGGAGCGAAUCUAUCGACAUAUUCAGGUCAAAGGCACCUCUGAUGGGCUACUCGAGUGCUCUGAUUGGUUUUUGUCAAACCCACAUCUCUCUUCCUACGUCCGUCAUAUCGAAAUAUGGGUGCCUGUAUGGGGGGAUCGAAUGCCAAAGAGCCGCCCGCGACAUUACUAUCGCCCCCACGACGGAACCGAAGACUCGAACCUCGCCAGUGUAGCAGCUGUGCUUCAAGCGACUGUCGCUACUUUCGACAAUACUUCAAGUAAUGGCUCAAAUAGCACCAAUUUUAGAUUCUCCAGCUGCAAUGCCACGUUGCAACAAAUAUUUUCUCACGUUUCCUACUUCUUCCCCCACGCUCGGAUCUUAACGUUGGAAGGUGGCCAUUGCAAGAAGCCACCAAUGAUCAGGCAUUUUGAUAAUGACCCGUGGGGUCAAUCCGGCCAUGAACGUCUAGAAGUGCUGCCCAAUAUUCAAACUUUUGUCAUGAGAGGGGCGUGGAAUAUCAUGAGGGAUUACCAACACUGGUGUAACCUUACCAGGGCAUUGCCUAAUCUGCGUGAAUGGGACUGUGCCUACGCGAAACGAAAACUCGAAGCCAAUGUCACUUUAGCCAAAGCUCUUACCAACUUCCCCAGAACAAUUACCCGAUUGGACUUAAGUUUGGAAGGCUUCUACAAUAAAGAAAGUUCACAUUCGCGCUGGUUUGGUAUAACACAUGCAGAUCCUCACCUCUGCCAAUUGUUGGGCGCCGUUGCACCCCAGUUAGAAUGCUUGACCUUUACUGGCAAAGUUUGUGCAUGUUUAUUCACCGACGCACGAGCGGCCAUGCUCACAAACCACACAACCUCAAGGCUGAAAUCAGUUGAUCUUGUAGUGAAAUCAUGCUGCCGAGAACAACGUUCCCACGAUGAUGGCUCCCCGAUGCUCAAUGAUCUAUCCGGCAUUACCAAUAUAAAUUUCAUCAACUCGUUCGAGAAGCUGGUGGUCGCUGCGGCCAUAUCGUUGGAAACAUUCGUCACCCUGAAAUAUGUGCGUAUUCGGUUUAUUGAUCUUGAUUCCGCCAGUCCCCUCGGUCUUCUCAAUCCAUAUUUUCAGCUUGUGAACAACAAAUGUAUUGGCUUGUGGAGUGAAACUAUCCUCGAUGCGCUACACGCGGCCCGACCGCAUGCAAAAUUUGAACUGCUCGACGAUGGCAUACUACCCCAAUAUGGAAUCAAUGUUCAAACCGCAUCGAGGGUGUUUCCUCGCACACGACCGCUAAGUAUCAAGGCAAGUUCGUAUAAGAUCAUCGCUGACAAAUCAAAGCUAUGAUGAAUCCAGCCUAAGUCCCCUGGUUUCCAGCCAUAUUGUCUUUCCGUUGUUUUCCUUUCCUUCACGCCUUGCGUUUGUUUUUGUUCCUUUUUUGAGAUCUAUUUUUACUAUUUUCUUCCGCGUCCUAAUCUGUGCUAAUAUAUUUCCCUUUCGAAACCUGUGCGGCGUUCAAGCUCAGCUUUGCCAAAUGUGUUAUCUCUUGUUUGCUUAAUCUCUUUUCGUUGCGCAGCUUUUAUUCAGUUUGCGGGUGCUGGAGGUCUCCUUUCUAGAGAGGUGAUUUCUCCUGACUUCCAGCGUGGCGUUAGGAUUGCCCAUUUCAACUUCAAUGAAAGGCCUCUUUUACUUUUAUAAUUACCAAAAUACAGCC